GCUGUUGCGGACAAUGGCGACGUCUCGACGGACGGUGUGACAUCCCGACGGGCUAGAUGUUCCCGCUACCCUGCCCGGACGCGGGACGCGGCUGCACGUAAACGCGCAUCGGUUCGCGGACGCUGAGGACGGAUCCACGGCACGCGGCCCCGGGUGUCCCGCUCUCCUACUCCCUUCCUCUCUCUUCUUUCGUUACGUUCGUCUCCUAGCCGCUCGCGAUGGCUGCGGUGAACGCGAACGCGCUCUCCAGUGACAUAAGCCGUAGGAAUCCCCAGGACGAGUACGAACUCAUCCAGAGGAUAGGCAGCGGGACCUACGGCGACGUCUAUAAGGCUAAACGGCUGUCCAUGAACGACCUCGCGGCGAUUAAGGUUAUCAAGCUGGAACCUGGUGAUGACUUUGCAAUCAUUCAACAGGAGAUCCUAAUGAUGAAGGACUGCAGGCAUCCAAAUAUUAUUGCAUAUUACGGCAGUUAUUUAAGGAGAGACAAGUUGUGGAUAUGCAUGGAGUAUUGCGGAGGUGGAUCGUUGCAGGAUAUAUAUCAUAUUACUGGACCAUUAACAGAAAUACAAAUAGCAUAUAUGUGCCGGGAGACCCUCACUGGUUUAGCUUACUUACAUAGCAUGGGCAAGAUGCAUCGUGAUAUUAAGGGUGCCAAUAUACUGUUGACUGAAGCGGGUGAUGUAAAAUUGGCAGACUUUGGCGUGUCGGCGCAGAUUACCGCGACGAUUAACAAGAGAAAGAGUUUUAUCGGUACACCUUACUGGAUGGCUCCUGAGGUAGCAGCCGUGGAAAGGAAAGGAGGUUACAAUCAAUUGUGUGAUAUUUGGGCGUGUGGGAUAACCGCGAUUGAAUUAGCGGAGUUACAGCCGCCGAUGUUCGAUCUGCAUCCGAUGCGCGCUCUGUUUCUCAUGUCCAAGUCUGGCUUCAAGCCACCGACAUUGAAGGAUCGUGACAAAUGGAGUCCAACGUUCCAUAACUUCGUCAAAAUUGCCCUUACGAAAAAUCCGAAAAAAAGGCCGACAGCAGAGAAAUUGCUUCAGCAUGCGUUUUUCCAAGGGGAGAUGAGCAAGAGACUGGCUUUAGAAUUAUUGCAAAAAGUGUCGAAUCCCAGCCAUAUGUUUACGGAUUUGGAGGCCGACGAAGACGGAGCAGUGCCCAAUGUUCCGCAAAGAAUAGCUUCACGUCACACCGCAAGGCCUAGGCCGAAAAGUCCUAUAUCGCAACUGGAUAGUGACGAUCAAAUCAACAUCGAUGGAGGGACAUUACAUAGAGACUCCAUAUCACCAUCUGUGGACGCUAAUCCAGCGUGGGACAUUAUGGAUAUCAUGAAUAACGUCAAGGCCGUGCACAAUUGUGAUGUGCAUCCAGACUGUGGGAUUGGAUCUGCGUUUGAAGACGGCCAGGAAAAUACACUUGGCGCAAACCUUAAGACUAGUAAAAUAUCGAAACGUCGUAGCAAAACUGGCACAGAGAUAUUUCGUAUGUCUUUAAGGAGUCUAUUGCAGUACAUUGAUGAGGAGUUGUUGCUAAGGGGGAAUGCAAUGUCGAUGGUUGGUGGGCAUUGCGACCAGCUAUAUUCCCUGCAAGCUACUCUUCCAUUGGGGGAAUCUUCGAACGAUUGCGAAGUUCAUUGUCCAUAUUACAAUGUGUCCGGGUCACAAGCGAGCCCCAGACGUCACAGCUCUGUGGACGAGUUGUACGGUCUCGUCAAUAGUUCUCAGUCUUUAACAGCUGUGAAUGGGCAACGGCAACGAUCAUUAUCGGACAGCGGCCCUAGGGACGAGCCCGCGCAGUCAAACGGUGACAAUGAGAUAUCGGCCGAUCGAGAUAGGGAAGGUAUGAGUCCUGACUUACUGUCAGACACACCACCCGUCCCUCCAAGGAGAAGGGAUCGAAAGAGACAUACGCCACCGAGACCCAUAAGCAAUGGAUUGCCUCCCACACCGAAAGUGCACAUGGGAGCGUGUUUCUCGAAGGUAUUCAACGGCUGUCCACUGAGAAUACACUGUACCGCAAGUUGGAUUCAUCCAGAUACAAGGGAUCAGCAUCUGCUGAUUGCAGCGGAGGAAGGAAUUUAUAAUUUGAACUUGAACGAGCUCCAUGAGACUGCGAUAGAUCAGCUAUAUCCCAGACGUACUAUCUGGAUGUACGUUAUCAAGGAUGUUCUUAUGUCUCUUUCCGGAAAAACGCCUCAAUUGUAUAGACACGACUUAUUAGCGAUACUAAGUAAACAAACUCAUAGAUUUUCAUUGCACAUGAAUAAAAUACCAGAGAGAUUAGUCCCUAGGAAGUUUGCUCUUACGACGAAAGUACCGGACACAAAGGGAUGCACUACAUGUUGCGUUGGCAGAAACCCAUAUAAUGGGUACAAAUAUCUGUGCGGUGCGAUGGCGGCAGGUAUAUUUCUAAUGCAGUGGUACGAUCCAUUGAACAAAUUUAUGCUUUUAAAACAUUUCGAUUGCGUUCUGCCGUCGCCUCUAAAUGUCUUUAAAAUGGUUAUCACACCUGAGAUGGAAUACCCGAUGGUAUGUGUCUCAGUUAAACAACCGUAUCAGCAGAACAAACUAAAGCUGGACUUAAUUAAUAUGAAUUCGGGAGCGAGUUGGUUUCACAGCGAUGAAUUGGAAGAUAUGGAUGGCUCAGCAACUGUGAUACCAAGACGAGAGAAUUUGAACGUUAUUAACGUUACGCAAUUUGAAAAGGAUGCAAUUCUCGUUUGUUAUGAUAAUGUGGUGAAGAUGGUAACUUUACAGGGGAAACCCCGUAUUAGUAAGAAGCAACUGUCAGAGCUGCAAUUUAAUUUUCAAAUCGAAUCUAUCAUUUGUCUACCUGAUAGUGUAUUGGCAUUCCACAAACACGGUAUGCAAGGUAGAAGUUUCAAGAAUGGCGAAGUUACACAAGAGAUUAGCGAUCCGAGUAGGACUUACAGGCUACUUGGCUCAGAUAAGGUUGUGAUGUUGGAAAGUCACCUGGUUCACAGUGGCACAUUGACUGAAUCGGAAGGAGCGGAUUUGUACAUUCUCGCUGGACACGAGGCCAGCUAUUAAGCAUUGAUCUUAAAUAGCGAGCACACGCUGCAUGGUCUCGCAUGAUAUGUGAUUGAACUGCAUGUAACGUGAAACGACUACGAGAACGAUGAGAGAUUAAAGUAUGCGGAGGUGAAAAUUUUACAAUUAAUUAUUCUACCGCGAAUGCACGUGCGAUCGGCACAACUAGCGUGCGAUUCAAACGAUAGUCGUUAUCUCUCCGUGUAGUCGAUAUCGCAUAGACUGGUUAUCUCCGCGAUAAUUUCUUUUUUUUAACGAGAGUCGUAGGGCUAGACAGUACUUUUAAUAGCAAAGCUAUAAUGGGGAGAAAUAACUAGUUUAACAAGAGGACAGAGUAAAGAGAGCGUAUGUACGCAAAACUAUCUUUAUGCCUAAUCAAAUGAAGCUAAUAAUAGCCGUACAAGGCAAUCCCUAAUUUUUUACGACGUUCUCAUUGUCUAGCAGCAGGAGAAAGAUUGUGAUAUAUGUCGGGAAAGAAAGAGACAAGAGCUAUCUUUAUUUCACGCGAGAUAUAAUUCAACCGAGAAUAUAUUCUGAAAGCAGUUUCAAUGCUAUUAGAAAGUUCAGUCAAAUGGGAGGAUAGAAUUAUUUCGUUCCCGUACGGAUGAUUAUUUGCGCAAGAGUUCUACUUCUUUCUAAAGACAUGUAUAUUCGCGAGAUAUUUUGAUAACGAUGGUAAAUAGUAACUGCAAUGUUACCUGACGUGACUUUUUGUAUUAUUGUAAAGACAAUAAUUUUAUUCGGAACGUCGUACACAAGUCACGGGAGACAAAAAAAAAGGAUAGACACAUCGGCAUAAAGGUAUAUAGUAUUAAAUCUUUGAAUCUAUAUAGAACGGAUAAAUUAGCGAAAAGUGAAGAGAGAAAGGUAAAAGUAAUUAGAAAGUUUUAAUCCCGUGUCGCAGACCAAGUAUUAGAACCGUGAGAAUUAGAGAGACAGACAUACACACGUACCGUACACACAGUUUGUGUAGAUUUCACAUAUCUGAGUUUUGCUCGCGACCAUACACACAAAUGAGAGUUUUAUUUUCACAAAAGAAUAGAAAAAUUAUAGAAGAUACGGGUGUAAGACACUUCAAUAUUAUAUAUAAUCAAGUCAAUUUUUAUCAUUUCUUAAACUUAAAUUGAUUGUUUUGAACUUAUACGUGCAAUACAUUAAAAUUUAUUUAUUAUCUGAACGGAAUAUGACUUCAAAAAUAUUAUUAAAAAAAAAAAUGCUUAAAAAACAAAAUACGAGUAUGUGAUUAAUAUUCUGCUGGCUGUUGCAUCUUAUCCGCAGUGUCAUAUACCCGUACUCUUUCUAGCGAUCUUCGAAAAAUCUCUUCUAUGCAGACAUGUACACGUAUAAGUGCUAGGACAAUUAAUACAGCGAUAAAAUGUACCUGUACACCGACCAUAUGGAUGGUUUGCCUCUACAUACGGAUGUUUAAGUUUCGAAUUCUCAAUUCUUGCGUGUCUGAAACUUCGAAAUUAAGAUAGCGAAUGUGUAGCGAGACAGUAACGACUGUUUAUUCCUUCAGCUGUCCCUCGGAUCUAUUCAGACUGAAUUAAUUGCUCUUUAAAAGAGGGCAUCACUCCAAUAUUAUCUUUGACGUUUUCCAGUUGUGGAUUACAAAGACAAUUUAAAAAAUUAGAAACAUUCGUUACGUCAAAUUGGAACAUCUAUUCGAUAAAAUUUAUAAAAUUCCACUAUUUUUUCAGGAUUCCCUGAAAUAUGCGAAAAUUUCUAAGUUAUGAAUAUCCUACACUCUAUGAUUAAUAUAUAUGCGCGUUUUAUUCAAUUAUGUUCAAAAGUUAUCGAAAAAACUUUUGUUUAUGAAGCCAAUAUCUAUUUUAGGAUACGAGAAUCUCAAUCGCGAAUUGAAGAUCCAUAUUUCUUAUAUUUCCCAAUCCUACGUUGGUUUAAAGAGAAAAACGCCGCUCAUAAUUCAAUAAGGAUAAGAAUCCAAGGGAUAGAAGAUCGAGCAUAUGCACAUACGGCUUAUCAUUAUUUCCAAUCAAGAAGACGACGAUUAAUGACACACAUGCGUUACGUUUCGCAUGCAAAGAGAUACAAAAUAUUUUGAGAGGCAAAUUCGUGAAUUAUCGUAAGAUGGAUAAAAAGAGAAAUACAUAUAUACAUAUAUACAUAAACAAAUAUAUUUAAUAAAAUUCCUUGACAUAUAUAUUGUAAAUUCGAAGAGAUAUUCAUUAAUCUAUAAUAGGAUGGAUUCCGAUAAUUUUGUUAAUUAGCCGGUGGCGUUGAAGAUACGAAUUGCCGAUAUAUCAGUAGUUAGUAACCAAAGCCGUAGCGACCAAUAGAUAACGCAAUGAAUGAAUAAAAUUAUUCUUACAACUGGAAGUUAGGAGAGCGAUCGAAAAAGAGAUAUACCGUGUUACAACGUACAGAGAUUUUUAGGAAUAAGGAGCUUCUGCUACAUAAAAUUCUCUUAAGUAUCCGUUACGAUAUUUAAUGCUCACGUAAUUAUUUAUUUAAAGAGUACUGCGUAUAAUGCUUUCCCUCAAAUUUUUCCACGGCACAGACAGCGAAAGUUGAACGAUGAAAGAUGAUUCUUGUUACAUUGUCGGAGACUCGUGAAAGAGGUGGACGUUAAUUUAUUCUUUACGGUCGAAAGUUACGUAUUAGCGAGAAGUAUUAGCGGGAGAAGAGUUAAGUAUAGGGCGUUUCUUAUAAAUAUUAUAAUUGGAACUGUACUAGCAACUAAGUCUUGUAAUUACGAAAGCUUGUAUAUAAUGUGUAUAACGUAUUAUAUAUGUUACUCUUGCGUUCGCCGAACCUUCAUUUUAGUCAUUUUUUAUAUGAAUGCAGUAUUGUGAGAAUAAUUUAUAAUUAUAAACAUAUUUAAUUUACCUGUAUCUAUAAAAGCAACUAGCCAAACUUCUGUAAAUAGACCGUCUCGUAAUAAAAUCUAAGGAAAAAAUA